CUCCCUCCCAUCGACUCUCUUCUUCUGAAAUUUUGCUCUUGUUGUACCUGGCUAGCUCGUUCUCGUUCAUUAUAUUUGAUAACAAAAGAAUUAGCCUUUGGAAGGAGAGAUCGAUCCAUGGCUCCUGUUUCAUUACCACCGGGUUUCCGUUUCCAUCCCACAGAUGAGGAGCUAGUGAUGUAUUAUCUGAAGAGGAAGAUUAAUGGACGUAAGAUUGAACUGGAGGUAAUUCCAGAAGUUGAUCUCUAUAAGUGUGAGCCCUGGGACUUACCAGGAAAGUCAUUGUUACCCAGCAAAGAUCUUGAAUGGUAUUUCUUCAGUCCUCGAGACCGCAAGUACCCUAAUGGGUCCAGGACCAAUCGCGCAACGAAAGCUGGAUAUUGGAAAGCCACCGGAAAGGACAGAAAAGUGAACUCUCAGAUGCGCGCCGUGGGAAUGAAGAAAACCCUAGUUUUUUACCGAGGGAGAGCACCCCACGGUUCUAGAACCGGCUGGGUCAUGCACGAAUAUCGGCUUGAUGAGAGAGAAUGCGACUCUCCUUCUUCAGGCCUUCAGGAUGCAUAUGCGCUUUGUCGCGUGUUCAAGAAAGCUGCGACGCCUGCUCCAAAGAUGGUGGUGGAGAUGGAUUAUGCUACUAGAGCUGCCAAACAGAUAAGCAGUCAACAUGCUUCUAGCAUGGAGUUAUAUUCUGAUCAGGGAAGAUGUGAAGAGAGCUCGGAUUAUUCCAUGCCAUUUGAAGCUUGCUCACCUGAAAUUGGUCAUGGAUCAUCCCAUGAUGUCUGUGAAGAUGCCUUUAGUUUUGUCACUCCGUCAAAUUUUUCGAAUUUUGGAGGCUUUCCAUACCAACCUUCCAAGGUUGAUAUUGCGUUAGAAUGUGCAAGGUUGCAGCAACGGCUAUCAUUGCCUCCUCCAUUGGAGGUUGAAGACUUCCAUCAAGCUGGAUUAGUUCAUGACUACAAAGUGCUACGUGCAACUUCAAGCCAAAACGAAAAUAUUGAUGUUUUGCAGGAAAUUCUUUCUGUAGCUAAUACUUCUCAGCAGCUGACAAAUCAACCCAUCCAUCAAAGCAUGCAUGGUAAUUGGGGCACGGAUACAAACGCUCAUGAUUUCUCCUUCAUGACUACCAAAGAGACAUAUCAAACUCAAUUCGAGGAGAUGAACACAAGGGCCAUACCUAUUUGUGAUCUAGAUGAAGAUUUCAAGACAGAAAGGAUGGUUGAGAAUUUGGGGUGGAUCAUACACAGAGAUUUAGACCAGAGUUGUAUGGAAGAACAUAAGACUGUUCCAAUGGAAACUAUUUCUAGUUUUGGAAUAAAGGAAGAAGAGAAUGAAUUUGGAGAAUUCAAUGACAGUGACAUAAAUGAUUUUGCACUUGGAUUCAUUGAUGAUAAUCCAAAUGAAAAAUAUUUGGAUGAGGGCCGAGUAGAUGAUACCACAAGCUCACCAAGCUUUGAGGUUGUUGAGGAGAUCAAAGUUAGUCAUGGAAUGAUGAAUAUUUCAACUCGCCAAGUAGCGGAGACCUUCUUUCACCAAAUAGUGCCUUCUCAGACAGUUAAAGUCCAUCUAAACCACAACGUUGAUCACAGAGGAGAGACUGAUGGAAGUUGUUUUCUUGGCAAGUUCAAGGCAUUCACUAGGCUAGCGGCUGCAGCUCUUUGUGGAAUUUUACUUCUCUUGAUGCACUGGUUAUAUCUUGAAGAGGAGAAUCUGACGAAUGAGAAAUCAAGCGCGGAAGACAAUGGAAAAGUAGAAAGAAAAAUGGUGUGGAACAAGAAGAAAGGAAAGGUUUUUAUGGUUAAUAAUGCAAAUGGGAAGCUUUUGAAGAAGUUGGGAUUUUUCCUCACUAUCUCUUUAGCACUCUGUGUACAAUGUUGGGGAGUGGAUCUAAACUAACCCCAUCUUGGUUUGAUGAUUUACGUACUUCUGUUCUAACUCUUUCUGCUGAAAGGAAGGCAUAGCCUUAAUAUUGUAGCUAGUAUAAGAAAUAAUUGCAAUUGAC